AUGUCGAUCCCGUACAACCUCUGGGGUCAUGCGCCUAUGCAUGGGCAGGGGUAUGCUAUACCCGCUAUCCUGCCUUCUGUCACCCCCACGGUCGUCAACCCCGCCGAAGCCAUCCGCGACUACACCGAGCACGUCAUAUCAGGGGACCGCCGCGCCAUGUGCUCCGAGGGCGACAAGCGGAACCUCGAAGAAUGGGGCAAGAACGACGAGUACCGCAAGGCCAUCAUGGCGGUCAUCAAGGCCCGUCUCGACCUCCCGUGGCCGUACAACUACAAAGCCCUCGACGCCCUCUCCUGCAUGCCCGUCAGCGAGAUGGCUGCUGUCCUCGACAAGACCACCAAGCUCGCCGAGGUCGCCGCGAGCGUCGAGGGCGCGCAGCAUCUCAAGCAGAUGGCGAAGGGGGUGGUGGAGAAGGGCAAGAAGGAGAAGGAUCGGGUAGAGGAGGAAGAGGCAAAGAAGAGGAUGGCGGCUGUGGCGGAGAUGUGGGGGGGGUUGUGGAGUAAUCAGCCGACGGCUCAGUCGGCGGCGCAGGUCGGGAUGAUGCAGCAGGGAUGGGGAGGGUGGCCGUAUCCCUGGGCGGGACCGCCGGGGGUUGCGAUGCCCCAGAUGGCGAGCGGAGGAGGUAUGGGGAUGGGGAUGGGGCCGGCGUGGAAUAGCAAGGCGCCGGAAGGGUGGACUCCGUGGGUUGUUACUCCAGUUCCGAUGAGUGGGGGCGGGGGAUGGCAAUUGUACCAGGGGUUCCCGCGGCAGGCCGGACCCUACUCUUCCAACCCACAUUCCACCUCUCCAUUCGCAUACUUCCCUUUCCGCCUCCCACCUGCUUUUGGACCGCCCUCGGACCCGGCUCCCCCACCUCCGCCUCCGCCCGCUCCGGAAAUUCAAUACGUCUACCCUCCUUAUGCCUUCUCCCCAUACUCCGGCUUAAACUCGGAACCUCCCCUCCCGCCCGGUCAUCCAUUCCCCUACUCUCGGUGGAUGUCACACACCCUCUCAUACCCUCUCGGCCACGCAUGA